AAGAACAGACCGUCUGUAGUGUGGAAACGUCUCUCGUGUACAUCAAACACACAUCUGUGCUCUUUGUAAUCGGCAGACUCAUUUCGUGUACUGCAAAAAGAAAGGAAUUAAUUACGCGAAUAGUAUAUUGCAAUCACUUUAAUUUAUAUUCCUUUCUUGUAUUUUGUUUUUCAUAAUGUCUGAUUGUAAGAUAACGUACUUACCAGAGGAGAUGAUAAGCUACAUUCUCAACGAUAACGUACUCACUAUUGAAGAUAUCAUUAACUUUCGAUGCGUGUGCAAGAAAUUUCGUUUUGCAGCCAAAUAUGACAAGUUCUUGGAAAAAAAGUUAUUUCAGAGAUGGCCCUAUGCAAAGAAAAAAUAUGAAAGUCUUAAGGAAACAAAAGAUGGAAAAAACAUAAACUUUAUUACAGAAGGCAUGAAUUCUGUGAUUCAAUUGCGAAAUGAUCUGUCUCUAAUUCUUUUUUACGAUUAUUAUUACAAAAAUAAAGCAAAUCAAAAUUAUUUUGACUUAUUUGCUAAUGUAUUAACAUUCGAAAAUGUCAUGAAAUUUAGCGGUAAUAUCGAUGAAUAUAAAAAUCAAUUUCUUGUUCCUAAAAGGACACAUGAGCAUAUAGAUGUGCUAAAAAAUAUGUUUUAUAUUAAGGAGAUUAAAUUCUUGUUAACACAAUUUCCACAAGGAAUUCAUCGCAAAUCAAUUGAAAGAUAUUGCAAUAUAGAAAUGUCUCACUAUGAAAAGCUAUCUUGGAUACGAAAUGAGUUAGACAGAUAUAGUGUGAAACCUGAAAAAAAAAACAGCUUUUGGAAGAAAUUUGUACUUUCAUAGUACA